ACAAAAUCAAAUAACCUGCUUUCUUUAAUCAUUCCAUUAUUCAUUAUUCUUCUUCCAUAAAAUAAAAACUAAAAAUAAAAAAUAAAUGGCCUAUAUUCUGCCAAAUCUUUCUCCAACUCUCAUCCAACCAAAAGACAAAUCCUCCUCCGCCACUACUCUUCCACCGCCGCCGCCGUCGCCGUCGUCAGUUUCCACUUCCACUGCUUCAUCUCCGACGAAGCUGGAGCAGCUCCCACUUGUCGGAGUGGUGCAGGUGAACCGAAUAUCAGGUGUGCAGGACAAGAAAAACGACCAAAGAAAUGAUUUUUAUGUCAAUUUAGGUUUAGCUGUCCGAACUCUCCGUGAAGACCUUCCUUUGAUCUUCACCAAAGACCUCAAUUAUGAUAUCUACAGGGAUGAUAUAACAUUUAGGGACCCGUUAAACACAUUCACCGGAAUCGAGAACUACCAAACGAUAUUCUGGGCAUUGAGAUUCCACGGCAGAAUCUUGUUCAAAGAUAUAUCACUCGAAGUACUAAGAGUUUGGCAGCCCUCCGAAAAUAUGAUUCUAAUUAGAUGGAAUCUGAGGGGCGUUCCGCGGGUCCCGUGGGAGGCGAAGGGGCAAUUUCAAGGCACAUCCCGUUAUAAAUUGGAUCGAAAUGGGAAAAUAUAUGAGCAUAAAGUCGAUAAUUUGGCUUUCAAUUUCCCUCAGUCGUUAAAACCUGCAGCUUCUGUAUUGGACUUGGUUGUUGCUUGCCCUGCUACUCCAAACCCUACGUUUAUGUGGGGCCCGGUGGAUUCUCGUUCGAAUUCGUGGGUGGAGUUUUAUAGGGUUGUGACAGAGUCGUUGGAUCGAGAAAAUUUGGUGAUUUCGCAAGAUUGUUUGGCUGCCUGUUCGUAGUUGGAGGUUCGCCGUUUUUUUUUUUUUUUUUUGAUGAUGAUAUACUUUAUACUAUAUAGUGUAAACAUUAUAAUUCAAUUGUUGUUAUGUAAUAGCUUUUGAAGAAUGAUUAAUAAGAUUUCGAGAUGGAAAUUAGUGAUGUAUAUAAAGAUUGAGAAGGAACGAACCGUGUGUACUUGUAUUGCCAAUAGCCAUCUUUUUCGACAGAAUAAUUUAUCUCGUGUUCUCGUUAA